AUGCCUCGACAAGCAGAGGAAGUUCUUGAAUACGACGACUUCCUCGGUUGGACUGUUUCCUCGUUAAAGGAUUUUCUUUCGCUACGGGGACUCAAGCAAACGGGCAGAAAGUCUGAGCUGAUCGCUAGAGCGUUUGGAGCCUACGAACUCAAUGUGCCUGUGAAGUUUUCCCAGGAGCAAAUUUAUCAGCAGAUAAAAGACGAAUAUUCAAGGAGGCUGACUAAAAAUGAAAUUAAGAGUGAUCCAAACAUGUUACCGAGUGACGCUUGGAUUGACGACGUAAAGGAAUGGCCAGAGGUCGAUGAUGGCAAAUUGUUCAGUUAUAUUUUGAGGACUAAAGCCGUAGAUGUCGACUAUAUUGGAAAAUACAAGGAUCAGAAGGCCUAUUCUUAUUGGAUGAGUGGCUUUGUAGACACAGUGUUCUUUGCUAAAUGCCCAAUUAACAGCAAGCAUGUGUUCUUGAAAGGCUCUGUAUCCCCGUCACAAAAAAUUCGUGAUGACCCGCAUAAGGUCUGGGUUUGUUUAGAGGGCACAAAAAGUGAAUGCAAAAUCUUAACCUCUUGGUGUACAUGUACAGCAGGUACUGGUGAAGUUUGCAAUCAUGUUAUAGCUUUGCUAUAUAAAGUAAAUUUUGCACACAAGAAAGCUUACAUAUCUCCUGCAUGUACAAGCGUUCCACAAGGAUGGAACAAAGGAACUAGAAAGGAUGUAGCUCCAACUCAAAUAAAAAACCUUGUCUUUCGUAAAGACAAAAAGACUCGGGAGGACAGUCCCAAAGAACAGGCAGCCAAUUUAACUUUAAAGAACAACUUUGACCCACGAAAGCCCCAGGAUAGGCAGCUGACCAAUGAAAGGGUGUCAGCUCUUAUCAAUGGAGUAAUUGAGAAUGUCCCAUCUGCUUGUUUACUUCACUCUAUCGAGCACACUAAAGAUGACGGCCUACCCGAACCUCUUCCUCAGAGAGCCCUUAGCUUCAUGUCAUCCCAAGAAAUGAAAGGAAAACCAUUGGAACAUACCGCUCCACUCUUUUUAAAAGAAUGUCAGAUGACGAGUGACCAAGUGAAAAGGGUGGAAACUGAAACUCGUGGCCAGAGUAACAAUGACUCUUGGCAUCAACAAAGAGUUGGGAGAGUGACUGCGUCAAAUUUUCACAAAUUUCACACCAAGGCUCAAACAAUCAUCAACAGAAAAAGUGACAAUGACAAAAAACCCAUUUACAGUUCAAUGGUGUCAAGCCUGUUGAAUAAAAGUGAUGAUGUCUCACAUAUGCCACAGAUAAAGUGGGGGAAUGCCCAUGAAAAGGAUGCCAUAAAAUCAUUCAUGUCAGAUGUGGCCUCUCAACAUGAUGGUGGCCUACAGGGCUUUAGACAGUGUGGAUUGUUCAUCAAACCCGAUUACCCCUUCCUUGCGGGUUCCCCGGACGGCCUGUUUUUUUGCCAUUGUUGUGGUCUGGCAACACUGGAAGCAAAAUGUCCCUACAGUGUGAGAAAUGAAAAUAUUCAAUAA